AUGGCAACAACCAGUGGAAAAACAGCACUCUACAUGGUCCCUCUUCAAGAUGAGUUGUGUCUUAAUCCACUUCCAUUCUCAGCAGAGGAGUUUGUCAAGAUGCCAAAGGUGGAGUGUCGGACAUGUCAAACAACCAUGCCAUUACCAGUUUUAUACAUGCAUGUCAAGUCCUGUGGUGGCACACAAUCAGCUGAUGAUAAUGAGAUUACUGGUGCUGAUGAUGAUGAUGAUGAAGUAAAAAUUGUUGCUGUGACAGCCAGUACUGAGACCACUGCCACCCCAAACCCUACUUUUAGCCCUACACCCACCACUCCCUCUGCAAAACCUGUUCUCCUGCCCCCCACCACAAGUUAUGAGGAAGAAGGACAGUGUCCCAUAUGUUUAGAAAUAUUUACUCAAAGACAGUUGCUCAUCCAUGCAAGUAUAUGUGGCGAUAGUGUAUUACAGUCAUUUGAUGGGAGUAGUCCAACAUCUGGCUCACCUGAACACCACAACCAAAGCCCAGACAUCCAGUGUCCAGAUGAUGUACUGAAGUUGUUGGCAAGUAGGGUGGAUAACAGCAAAGAUUUCAAGAUCUGUGUGUCUCGCACAGACUUCUUUCAAAGAGCAAUGGUACAGUGGCAGCGGCAAAAGAAGGGGACCCCUGGCAACACUUUGCGUGUAACAUUUUUGGGGGAAGCAGGUGUUGAUUCAGGUGCCAUUAGAAAGGAAUUUCUUACAGAUUUGAUUGGUGAGAUUGAGAAACGCCUCUUUGAGCAUCAAGGACACCAGAGUGGAAAGAGGCCCCAUCUACUCCUUAAGUGA